AUGUCUGUAACCAAAGCCACCGCUAAGAAGCCUGUCUCCAAGAAGGCUGCGCCCACGCACCCUUCCUUCAUUGACAUGAUCUCGGAGUGCAUCGCCAAUGACAAGGAGAAUGCCCGUACUGGUGUCUCUCGUCCGUUGAUCAAGAAGUUCAUCGAGACCAAGUACAGCCUCGCCUCUAACGCUUCCGUCAACAGCCAGAUCUCCAAAGCCCUCGAGCGGGGCACCGAGCUCGGCAAGUUUGUCAUGCCCAAGGGUUCUUCGGGCAAGGUCAAGCUCGCUCCCAAUAAGUCCGCCACUGCCAACAAGGAGAACAACAAGCCCAAGCCUGCUGCCCCUGCCGCUAAGAAGCCAGUGGCUGCUAAGAAGGCCGCCCCCAAGGCAGCGGCUAAGCCCGCAGUGAAGAAGACGGUCGCCCCAAAGAAACCGGUUGCUUCUAAGCCUGCUACUGCCAAGAAGCCUGCAUCCAAGCCUGCCGCAAAGAAGGCCGCCACUGGCACAACGAAGAAGGCACCCGCAAAGAAGCCGGCAGCGAAGAAGGCUGCUCCCAAAGCUGCACCGAAGAAGGCCGCCGCACCCAAGAAGGCUUGA